GAAUGUCAAAACUUCCACUUUUUUUGAACCGAGCGGUUGCUGCGCGUGUCGUUUUGAAGUAAAUAACACUAAAUUAAUAUAUAGAGAGCAGUUUUGAACCUUUUUUUUUUGCUCCGGCUGUACGUUCGGGCGUUUUUAGCCAAUACAAGAAAAUAAACAAAUUUAUGAUAUGUUCCGUGCCUGUGUAUUUUCCAGCGGGAAAAUUUUAUAAACUCGUGGUCGGUGGUGUUUUUUUUUUUACCAACAUUAAAUAAUGUUCAUGGAAAUGGGAAAAUAAAAAUAUGAAUUGUGGAUUGUUGUGUCUCUUGUGCUUGCUAGUGCCCGCAGAAAUUAAUGUGGUAUACACAUAAAACAAACAAGAUUAUUGAAGUAAUCGCGACUACUUGUAUUCCCUUGUAUACACACUGUUUUGGGCGCGUCUCUUUUUUUUUUGUUCCUUCGUCCGUGUGUGUUCGCUUGUGUCUUGUUCGUUCAAGUAGCUGCUUAUGUGUUUAUGUUCUAAAAAGCAACAAAGAUGUGUUGAAUUAAGCAAUAUGUGGAUCAAAUAUUGAAACAAGUGUCGCCAAAUUGUGAUUUUCUCGUUGAGUUUUCGCUGUCGUUGUCGCUUGCACAUACAAACCCAUACACCCACAAAACACACACACACACACUCGUGCAGCAAUACCGAAACGAGAUUUUGCAAGUCGCGUCCGUGUAGUUGUGCCGUGGCUGUAGUUGUAGUUGUAGCCGUAGCUGUGGUUGCUUGUGCAACUACAACAUUCAAUUGUUUACUGCUGGGCAUAGCUGGCUUCGCAGAAACCAAACCGAAAAGAGUAGAGUGCAGGCAAAAGCAACAAAAUCCGUGGGCAACAACAAAGGUGUCACAGUGGCGCCUUCUCACUUCCACCUGCCUCUGCCUCUGCCUCAGCCUCAGCAUCUAUAUCCGUCACUGUGACCGUGCGUGAAGCAUAAUAGGAGGAAUUUGUGCUCUUCUCUCCUCUCCACACCGCUCCGUUGUUUGUGAUUUCCAAUGUGAAAAGCUACAAGUGAAAGUGGCAAACCCUGCUUAUCUGCGCCAAUUGAUACCAGAUCGCCAAACCUGCGAUUGGCCCAAAGUGGAUUACACCCUCACCGACCAACACCCAUCUGCAUAAUCAACUUUGGACUGAACCAUAAUAAGCCAAAAACCUUAGGAAGUGCUGAUAGGAUGGCCACACGAACGUGUUCCAUUGAGCAUUCGACUGACUGAUCAUUCGACACCCCCCCACACCCCCUCCUCGGCAGGGCACAAGGACGAUGCGCCACAGCAUAGCCGCUCAAUCGAGAACGCAUCCCCGUGCAAUGGAAAACGAAAGCAAUUCGAGGGUUGUGCCCCAAGGAGCCGCCAACUAGACGGGAAACUCGGAAGGAAGCCAAGUGGGAGCCCACACCCACACCCACACUCCCCACACUCUCACACACACUCUCCCCCCCUCGCACCGCUCCAGGAACAGCCAUCAAAAUGAACUCCGUCAUAUCUGCAUUUAAGGGCAAGAAGAACAGUGCGGCAGGCGGCAACGCGCCGGCUGCAACGAACGGCGUCGGGGCGCCUCCGGGCGACGCCAAACAGAGCCACAACGGCGGCCUGGUGGGCGUCAGCAUCAGCAUAGCCAGUGUCGGCGGAGGAGUGGCCAAGAAGAAAGCGGUGGCCCAGAGCAGCGGCUACCAGUACCUGCGGCACAUCCGCGAGAUUGAGACUGCCAACAAGCUGCUCUCCCCCGCGGUGGGCGUGGGAGUGGCGGAGGACGCCUCCGGCGCCGACGUGGUGGACCACUGCCUGCCCGCCACCGUGCGCCUGUCCAGCGCCGAGUCCUUCUCCGACUUCAAUAUGAACGGAAAGGAUGUCGCCCCCGCCAGCGCCCCCGCGCCCGGAGACAAUGCAAACCUCGAGUCUAGCGACUCCUGGGUGGCGCCCCACCCCCCAGCCGCGGGGACGACGGACGACGAGGACAUCUCGGAGCACUCGGCGGCCGCCUGCAACAGCACCAGCAGCUCCAGCGAGCACAGCAACAGCACCGUCGUGCACAGUCCAACGGUGGCGGAGGGCACCAGUAGCAGCACCAGUAGCAGCGCAAGCACCAGCACCAGCACCUCGGCGAGCCACCCCAGUCCCAGCCUGAGUCUGAACAGCGCCUCGUCCGCCAACUGCGGGAUCAGCAGCCCCCCGCGCAGCCUCAGUCACUCCUCGAUGGCCAUCGGCUGCGAGCCGCACUCGACGUCCACGACCACGCUCUCCUCGCUGGGGUCCCAGUCCCACUCCCACUCCCAGUCGCAGUCCCAGUCGAAUGUCUGCAGCGAGAACGGAUCCUCGCAGACGCCGCCGUUCACCUCGCCGGUGGCGUCGCCGCGCCACGCCCAGGACAUCCGCGACGGUGGUGCUGCGACGGCGGUGGGGAAUGGAAACUAUAUACCCGCCUUCUUAAUGGCCGCCCCGGUCACAUUGCCCCUCAGCGGCGGCCACAUGUCCACCUCGGCCGUGCCGGCUGUCAGCUCGGCGGCCAGCACGCCCAAGCACACGCGCUACCCGAAGCCGCGCCUCAGCCUGAGCCGCGGGUUCAACCACUCGAUGCCCUCGGUCCACGGACGACCCAAUCUCAGCGUGGCCCUGGGCGACGGGCUCGGCGGCGGACUGGCCGCCAGCGCCGGCAGCGGCGCCAACGGGCCCCCCAAACGCAUCUCCACACACCAAAGAAACUUGAGCUUGGAUUUCAGAUCCAUGGGCAUACGGCUGCCGCCCGUCUCUCAGGUGACCAAUACACGCAUCAAUCACACCCAGCAUCAUCGGAAUCGCAGCCUCGACAGUGCCCUGCAACGCAUACCAGAGGUCGAAGUGUCAUCCCCCAAUGCCGAUACCGAGAACACAUUCUGCUCUCCCUCGUCCAUACUAGGGACGAAUAUGUGCUCGAAGAUUGCCACCACAGCGGCAAGUGUGACGGCAGCCCUCUCCCCGCCAACGACACCCACGGCAGCCAUCACCAUCACGUCCGUGGCGUCUCUGGCACCGACAACCCUAACGCCGAAGGUGCAACAUCAGGUACAGCAGAGCCAGAAGCAUCAGCCAUCGAUCUGUUUGCAUGCCCCCUGCAGGGGAGGAGUGCCCAGUGCCGUGGUGGAGGCCUGUCCGACGUUGCGCGUGAGGCCCAAGUCCAGCGAGUCGGUGGCGGAGUCUGUGGGGCCGGAGCUGGUCGGCGCCAUUGGCAGUGGCAACAGCAGCAACAACAGCUGCAGCAGCGCCGGCAGCAGCAAGAAACGAGAGGAUCUCACCAGCCUAGGAUCAGACGACUCUGGCAUCAUCUGUGGCUCGGAGUCAGACCAACUGUCCUUGAAUCGCAUUUGUCACUCCCAUGAAUCGCUGGAUUCGGGCGAAAUGGACGCGGAAGCAGACGCUGACGCAGACGCCGAGGAGGAGUGCAUAGAUAUGAUGGAGACGACAUCCAUAGACGAGGAGUACAACAUAAUGCAGUCGGAUCAUCGCUGCUUCUAUCCGCCCCACGCAGUCGCCAACGAGCUGGACUGUCGCACUCUGCGUCCGUCGCGCAAGCAGAGGCGCCAGCAGCAGCUCGCCCUGGAGCAAGCCAAGCAGAUGUCAGAGCAUCAGGAGCGUGGCGUGGACGUUGGCGUCGACGACCGGACCCGGUAUCGCGUCAUGAACAUGUCCCGGGCGGCCAUCAACAUUGAGCUGGGAACGGCGCCCAAUGAAAUCGAGCCAGUGGACGACGACGACCUAAAUAUGGACCCAGAUCGGGAUGUUACGAAUGCGGAUGCAUCGACACUGACGUCAACUACCGCCACGCCUCUGCCACCGCCCCUGCCCACGCUCGCGGCCACGGCCACGUCCACAUCGAGCGCUACGGCAACAACGCCGGCCACGCCAUCGGCGACACCCACACCUACAGCCACCCCCACACCCACUGAGAGCACCAAGAACGACCAGGUGCUGUUCAAGAACUUCUUCGGAGCCACCAAGAACGCCAUCUUCCGCACGGCCCAGAGCAUCAUAGAGAACCACGAGAAGAAGAACGCGGCCAAGCAGAAGGUGGGCGAACAGCAGCCGGACCACACGGCGCCGACGGCCCUGCUGAAUGCCUCGAGUGGGGGCGCCACAGCCCCGCACGAGCAGGUUAAGUCCCCGACGGACAUUUCCAAAAAGAAGGAGUUCUUCAGCCUGCUCACGUCCAACUCCAGCAAGAAGGCAGCAGCCGCUGCUGCGGCGGCUGCGGCCAGCUCAGCGGCCAGUACGCCGGUCGCCACGCCCACGGAAUCGUCCGUUGCAGCAGGAGACUCCAAGUUGCACCUCCCGUCGGACACAUCGACCGACACGAAGGUGAAGGAGCGAACGCUCAACCUGCGGCUACCUGGAGCAGAAGCUGACGGCGCCACCGAAGGCGCGCUGGCCAAGAGCUCCUCCAUCAACUCGCUGCACAAGCUGAAGGUGCCCGUGCCCGGCGUGGUCAAGUACUUCAUAAGCGAGCGAGCCCCCACCACGGACGUGCUGAUGAAGCCCGAGAAGGGCCAGAGCGGACUGCUGCGCUUCUUCGAGUCGCCGGUCUUCAACAUACACUUCGCCGUGCACUAUCUCUUCUACUCGAAGGAGCCGGGCGUGCUCAGCUUCAUUGGCAACAAGAUCUUCAGCUUCCCGGACCAGGAGGUCGACCUGUACAUCCCGCAGCUGAUCGUCAUGUACAUACAAAUGGACGAGCUGGCCGAGGUCCUGGACCCCUAUCUGACCAUUCGGUGCCGCAAGUCCGUGGACUUCUCGCUCAAGUGCGUGUGGCUGCUGGAGGCCUACAACUACCAGGUGGACUCGCUGAGCAACCCGCACAGCGGCACCCGCAAGUCCAAGCUGGCGCUCAUGAAGGAAAUUUUCUCGAAAAGGGAGCAGAAACAGGCGCUCAACGAGCUGAAGGCGGCCAACACAAGCGCGGUCGGCGGUGGCGGCGGUGGCGGUGGCGGCGCUGAGGCGAGAUCGAUUGUGGCCUUCGCCAAGAAAACGCACUACCGCUCGCAGUCGGAUGCCACAGUGCUGCUCACCGACUCACGAUCCCCACACACCCUCAGUAUGUCGCACCGCAUCUAUCAGCAGCUGCCGUUCACCACCCAAACGCUGCCCACGGCGCCCACCAAACUGUGCCUCGGGGACCUUACCUCUGGGCAUGCCUUCGACAACGGCUGCACCUGCUUCGAGACGGUGCGGGGCCAGGUGAACGGCCUCCUGGGCCAGAGAACGCUCUGCAGCUGCGGCGCCCCAAAGACCGCGCCGCAGAAGGAGUUCAUGAAGGCGCUGAUGAACGUGGGCAAGAACCUCACCUCACUGCCCUCGAAGGCGGAGAAGACCUCGGCGUUGCGCAUGUUCCUCAAUUUAAUCAACAAAAACCUGCCCGCCAGAGUGUGGCUGCCGCUCUACUCGGACAUUCCGCACCAUGUCGUUCGCAUCACGGAGGAGAAGACGGCCGUGCUCAACUCGAAGGACAAGACCCCGUACAUCAUCUACGUGGAGGUGGUCGAGGUGCCCGACAUCUACACCUCCCCCUUGAUACCCAAAAUGAUGCCCUCGCUGCGCCACACCAAGAGCGAGGAGCACUUGGAGGGCUCCUGCCUGAACUCGCACCAGCACCUGAGCUGCAGCCGCACCUCCAGCUGCAGCAGCAGCCACCAGAGCUCAAGCUGCCGCCGAAAAAAGACCGCCGAUGCAGACGGCGGGGGCUGCGGCGACGGCGGCUCGCACAACUGCUGCGGCAACCCGCUCUCGCUGGGCGGCCUGCAGGUCCAUGAGGACGAUGUGUGGUCGCAGGAGGACGACGAGAUUACGGCCCAGUACCUAAACAUGCGCAAGAUGAGCGAGCGGGAUGCUGUUUCGCAGAUGUCGCUGGACUCGUGCGAUUCAAGGGACCAAGGACCACCCAUUGUCUUCAACAUCGGCGACGUGCGCUCGCGGCACUGCAACAAUUUGAGCUGCGAGAACACGAAAUCGUUCAGCAACGACCCAGAAGAUCCCUCGGCAGCGGCCCUAAAGGAACCCUGGCACGAGAAGGAGAAGCUCAUUCGCGAGUCUUCGCCCUACGGGCACCUAUCCAACUGGCGACUGCUCUCGGCCAUUGUCAAAUGUGGCGACGACUUGCGGCAGGAGCUCAUGGCCACACAGCUGUUGCAGAUGUUUAAAAUAAUUUGGCAGGAGGAGCAAGUGGACCUGUGGGUGCGUCCGUACAAGAUAGUCUGUCUGUCGAACGACAGCGGGCUCAUUGAACCCAUCCUGAACACCGUCUCCCUGCAUCAAAUCAAAAAGAACUCAAACAAGUCGCUGAGGGACUACUUCAUCGACGAGUACGGCACACCGACGGGCGAAAGCUUUUGCCGGGCACAGAAGAACUUCGUUCAGAGCUGUGCUGCUUACUGUCUGAUAUCCUACUUGCUGCAAGUCAAGGACAGGCAUAAUGGCAACAUACUCUUCCAUUCGGACGGACACAUAAUACACAUCGACUUUGGCUUCAUUCUGAGUAUAUCUCCAAAGAACUUGGGCUUCGAACAGUCCCCAUUCAAGCUAACGCCUGAAUUCGUUGAGGUCAUGGGCGGCACCGGCUCGGAACAUUGGCGCGAAUUCAAUCGACUCUUGCUCGUGGGCAUGAUGUCCGCCAGAAAGCACAUGGAUCGCAUCAUAAACUUUGUGGAAAUCAUGCGCAGCAAUGCCCAUUUGCCGUGCUUCAAGAAUGGAUGCUCCGGCACCGUACAGAAUCUCCGCAAACGCUUUCAUAUGAAUUUAACCGAGCCAGAAAUGGAACGCAAGGUUGAACAGCUUGUCCAGGAUUCGCUGAAGAGUCUGUCGACCAAACUCUACGAUGGUUAUCAGUACUACACGAAUGGCAUAUUGUGAGAACGGUUUUUUAUGAAGAUCUAAACAGAUUUCAUAAGCAAUAGACUAUAAAUGCCGAGCUGAUACCCAAAACUAUGGACUGACUUUUUGUAAAGAGAAUAUUGUAUAAAACAUACAUCAGCGACAAACAAAAACAAAACAAAAA